AUGGGAGGAGGUAACAAGAGACCAAUAGGAAUAGAAAAGAGAAAAGCCUUUAUACAUAAUCCAAACAGUAAAAAGACUGAAAAGAUUGCACAGAUGCCAAACGAAGGUCUAUGUCAAGACUGUCAUGAUACUAUCGAAUGGAGAAAGAAAUAUAGAAAGUAUAAACCAUUGUCAAUGGCUGGUAAAUGUGCACAUUGUACUCAAAGAAAGGUUACAAGAGCUUAUCAUGAAUUAUGUGAAGAUUGUGUAAAGAAAUUAAAGGUUUGUGCUAAAUGUCACAAGGCUAAAGAAAUCGUUGCUGAAAUAACUGAUCCAAAAGAUAGAGAAAGAGAUGAAUUAAAGUUAAAACAUGCAUUGUAUAUGAUGACUGAAAGUGAUAGAAGAACAUUUUAUAGAGAACUUGAAAAGGAAGAAAAUCCAGAGAAAAAGAAGAAAAAUCAAGAUAAUGAAGAGGAAGAUGACGACUCUGAUUAUAGUGAUGAAGAAGAGGAAGAAGAAGAAAAAGAAAUCAAAAAGUUAACUAAAAAGACAAAUGAAGUCCGUAUCUUUAACAAUGACAAGGUUAAAGAGGUUUUGGAAUUGACAAAGAAACAACAACAACAACUACAAGACAAGGAUUUGGAUCAAGACGAAGAAUCUUAUAAAAAGAUUAAAGAACAAUUUAAAUCUCAACAACCAACUCAACAAUUAACUAAACAACAAGAUGAUGAUGAAGAUGAAGAUGAAGAGGAUGAAGAUGAAUUUGAUGACGAAGAUUUUGAUGAUGAAGAUUUUGAUGACGAAGAAGAUGAAGAUGAAGAAGAUAACUAA